UCCCUCCUGCAUCCCUCCCUCCUGCAUCCCUCCUUCCUGUAUUCUUCCCUCCUGCAUCCCUCCUUCCCUCCCUCCUUCCCUCCCUCCUUCCCUCCCUCCUUCCCUCCCUCCUUCCCUCCCUCUGCCUGCGCAGAGCCGGGGACAUGGCGCUCAGCAAUUUCCUCUUCGCUCAGUGCAUCUGCUACUUCCUGGCCUUCCUCUUCAGCUUCAUCGUGGUGGUGCCACUCUCCGAGAAUGGCAACGACUUCCACGGCCGGUGCCUGCUCUUCACCGAGGGCAUGUGGCUCAACGCCAACCUGAUCUUCACCGGGCUCCUCUCCCUGCUGCUGGCCACAGUCCAGGCCUGGAGGACCCUCUUCUUCCUCUGCAAAGGGCACGAGGACUCUUUCUUUUAUGCCUUCCUGAAUCUGCUGAUCAGCGUCUUUGUGGUGUUUAUCACAUUUAUUGCUAGCACUAUAGUGAGUGUAGGAUUUAACAUGUGGUGUGAUGCAAUUACCGAAAAAGGAAGCAUGCCAAAUAGCUGUGAAGAAUUACAGGAUAUAGAUCUUGAACUGAACUUAGAAAACUCUGCUUUCUACGACCAGUUUGCUAUUGCACAGUUUGGUCUCUGGGCUGCCUGGCUGACUUGGCUGGGAAUUACUAUUCUGGCUUUUCUGAAGGUUUAUCACAACUACAGACAGGAGGACCUGCUAGACAGUCUGAUCCAUGAGAAGGAGUUGUUGCUAAGAAGAUCCCCUUCACGAACCUCUUUGCAAGAUGAGAAAAGUGGCAUGAUCUAA